UGCGUAGGCCGCGCAGCUCAGUGGACGGGAAAACAUGCGUGGCCACCGGGCACAGCUUCGCGAUUCGUCCGCCAGUUGGUAAUAAGACCAGGGAGAGAGAAAGACGGUCAAACCUUGCACUGGGCGAGGCAUCGAGGAAAGAGCCGCGGGGCAGAACGACACACCUCUCUGGACGGCAUCGUGACGGCGACACGCGCGCAUUGGUCGCAUCGAAGAACGGGGUGCGGAAACAGGAACCGAACCCGAGCUGGGGCCCUCUGCCGACAUGACAUCGACAUCAACGCCGUACGACAGGCUGAAGAUGGCAGCCGUCGACCAAGGCUUCUUCCUGAUACAAGAAGUUAUCGGGCGCUUCAAGCGAAUCGAGAGCAUCCUAGCCAUCGUCGGCCUCUUCUACGUUGGAAAGACUGCCACCGCCGUGAGCUCACGUCUGCUCGAGGGCAUACGAGUGUUCGUGCUGUCGCAGUUCCGCUGGCACGACUUCACACGUUACGGCCAGUGGGCAGUUGUCACUGGUGGCACAGAUGGCAUUGGAAAGCAGUAUGCACGACAGCUGGCGAAAAGGGGCCUGAACAUUAUUUUGAUCAGCAGAAACAUGGAGAAACUUCGAGCCACAGCUCAGGAACUUGAAUUUGAUUUCCGUGUGCGAACCCAAAUCAUUGAAGCCGACCUCAGUGAAGGGCGGCACAUCUACCCAGAAAUAGCGAAGCAGUUAGAAGGCAAGGAAAUCGGCAUACUAAUAAACAAUGCUGGAGUGAUGUAUGACUCUCCCAGCCUGUUCCUCAAUGUCCCAGAGAAGAAACUUGUAGAAAGUGUGAACAUCAACAUGAUGGCCGUCAUGAUGAUGACAUAUAUUGUCAUGCCACAGAUGGUUGAAAGGAAAAAGGGCCUUAUUGUGAACAUCUCGUCAAUUUCGUCAUUCUACCCACUUCCUUUGAUGGCUGUUUACUCUGCUUCAAAGGUUUUUGUCGACUGGUUCUCAAUGGCACUUGACUACGAGUACCGGGACAAAGGCAUCAUCGUGCAGAGCCUGAUCCCUUCGUACAUCUCAACAAAGCUGGUGCGCUUCAGCAACUUUCUGAGCACGCCAAGCAUCAUUGUUCCAGAUGCAGAGACGUUUGUCAAGAGCUCCCUGCAGACCAUUGGUGUCAGCAAAAGGACCACAGGCUUCUGGACACAUGGUUUACAGUACUGGACAUACGAGCACAUGCCGCAGUGGGCGUGGAACUUGACUUCGUGGUAUAUGUUCAAGACCAUCGACAACACGCCAAAGCCAAAGUUUGCAUGAGCCACUCUUGGCCUCUCUGCUCGCUGGUAGUAGCCGACUGCCUGUCCUCAUGCCUUAGCGAGGUUUGCACUCGCAUCCCAGUGAACCCUGCCAGUGAGUGACCUUUGCAGCGGACUGUGAAAGACCAUUUGAACAUCCUCUGGACAACAGUGGUCAACCACACAGCUAUUUGGUUGGUGCUGGGGAUGGGCUCUCACCUGUGGACUAGGAACUGUUUAAGAAAUCGUACUACUCCUCCUUUUGGCAACUUGCCUCGCCAACGUUUUGGCAAGGCCUGCUUGACAACUUGCAUUUGACUGCCACUGACAAGCCCUGAGCUAUUUGCCAGUGCUUAUUACCAAGAGAUUAUUAUCUACAUCGAUUAUUGGCAACAUACCCUGGCAAUGACAACAUGGCGAGUUGUCUUGGUGCCAGCAGCAAGUUUUGGAGAAUGCUAGGAUAAAGAACUUUGUUUUAAUGUUUGGCUUUUGUAGUGAACUGCGAUUAUUUUGGCGACUUGCUAAUUUUUCAGCUAGGCCUAUUUGGCAAUUCAUGUCUGUCUGCCUGCAGCAAGCCUUGCAGAAUGCACACUGAAUUUCUCUUAUGCAAUCAACUGCCAGUAUUUUGGCACUUAACUCGUGCCCGAGUGGCCUUCAGACUGUUGCUGUGAUGAUCCUUUGGAGCCAAAGUGUGACGAUGCCAUGUUUAUCCCUCAAGCAUGAGUGUGAAGAGAUUAUUGGCUCCCGUUUGUACGAUCAUGAUGGACUAUCACGCACAGAAAUAAACGUCACAAUUUUGAAAUUUAAAAGAA